AUGCUUUACGAACUCAUUGGCGUGGUACGCCCAGGCAACCUAGCCGAAGUCCGCGAGUCCGUUUCCUCAUCUACCUCUCCUCCCUCCCACCCCUCUCUAACCCCUAUCCUCUCAGAAUCGNNCAAAACAACCGGCAACAUCGUCCUAAACUCCGGCGGCGUAGUCCGCGGCAUCACAAACUGGGGCGUUUUCCACUUGCCCAAGCCCAUGAGNAAAAACACAGUCACCCACAACACAGGCCACUACUUUGUCGUUCGCUUCGACAGUAGUGCGCGAACACAGCACGCCGUGCGCAGAACCCUGGGCUUGGAUCCGAGAAUGUUGAGGUAUUCGGUCGUCAAGAUNGGGGGUACGUUGGAUGAGUUGAGGAGUGUGGUUGGUGAGGUGCAGUGGAGGGCUGAUGCUGAUGCUGUGCAAAACUGA